UAUAAAAUUUUGUAUUUUUUUUCAGAAUAAAAAUACUAAAAUGUAAGAAAGAACAGUAAAAAAUUGAGUUGUCUCAGUAAUAUUUUUUCUUGGAGAAAAUUGAAUGGCUUCUCCAAAAGUUAGUUUGAUUGUGUCAGAGCAGCAGAGUAGACUUUGGGUAGAAAUAUAUACGUUCUUUUCUAAUCGAGAGUAUACAAAUUUUUAGAAUCCCUGAGCCUUGAGAGUUACAGAGAAAGGAGAGAAAACUGAUUCCAAUGUCAGGAAGUCCUUCAUCAGUCGCCGUGUCUACUUCUCUGACUAAGUACGAUGUGUUUCUCAACUUUAGAGGAGAAGACACCCGUGAAAACUUCAUCGCUUACCUUUAUGCAGAGCUGCAGAGGAAGCACAUCGAAGCAUAUAUUGAUUACAGACUACAAAGGGGCGAAGAAAUUUCACCUGCACUACAAACUGCAAUAGAAGAAUCAAAGAUCUAUGUCCUGGUUUUCUCUGAAAACUAUGCAUCUUCGACGUGGUGUUUAAAUGAACUGACUAAAAUACUGGAGUGCAAGAAGAAAUAUGGAAGGGAUGUGAUACCCGUUUUCUACAAGGUGGAUCCAUCAACUGUCAGGAAGAAGGAAGAGAGAUACAAAGAAGCAUUCGAAGAACAUGAACUGCGGUUUAAGGGAGACAUGGACAAAGUGCAAGGAUGGAAGGAUGCUCUAACCGAAGCUGCUGAACUCUCCGGCUGGGAUUCAAAAGUAACCAGGCCAGAAAACAAACUUGUUGAACAAAUUGUAGAAGAUAUUUUAGGAAAACUGAAUCAUGAUUCCAUCAGUUAUGAUCAAGGAAUAGUCGGCACUGAAAAAUAUAUGAAUGAAAUUAAGUCCUUAUUACAUCUUGAAUCACCUGAUAUUCGGAUCAUAGGAAUUUGUGGUAUGGGAGGAAUUGGAAAAACUACAAUUUCUAAGCAAAUAUAUCAUACAUUGGCAUUAAAGUUUGAUUCCAGCAGCCUUGUUUUAGACAUUCAUGAAAAAAUAAGAAGAGAUGGAAUAGAAUAUAUCAUAAUCAAAUAUCUCUCUGAGCUUCUAAAGGAAGCACCUUCAUCUCAGUUAUUCUAUUAUCGCGAAAGGCUCAAACGGACAAAGGUUUUUCUCAUUCUUGAUGACGUUACCGAUUCAACUCAACUUGGAAGAUUAAUGGAAGGGCAUGAUAAUUUUGGGCAUGGCAGUAGAAUCAUCGUGACCAGUAGAGAUAGACAAGUUCUUAAAAAUGCUAGAGUUGAUGAUAUCUUCGAAGUUAAGGAGUUGAACUUUCAUGAUUCUCUAAAACUUUUUAGUUUACAUGCUUUUAAACAAAACUAUUCACAAGAAAGUACUUAUAUGGACUUGUCAAUAAAGAUGUUGAGAUAUGCAAAAGGGAUUCCGUUAGCUCUCCAGGUUUUGGGCUCAUUGCUUUAUGACAGACCAAAAGAAGCAUGGGAAAGUCAGUUGCAAAAGUUGGAAAAGUGCCAAGAUCUUAAAAUUUUCGAUGUAUUAAAAUCAAGUUAUGAUGAGCUUGAUGAGGAGCAGAAAAACAUAUUUCUUGACAUAGCUUGCUUUUAUAGAGGACAUGAGGAGACUGUGAUGGCAGAAAGACUAGAUGACUGUGAUUUCUCUUCUAAGAUUGAAAUGGAUGUUCUCAAAGAUAAGUGUCUAAUAUCUGUCGUUGAUGGUAGAAUUGUGAUGCACGAUCUAAUACAAGAAAUGGGUCAAGAAAUUGUUCGUAAAGAGUGUCCUCAACAUCCUGGAAAACGAAGCCGAUUAUCGAAGACUGAGGAAAUUUGUGAGGUUUUAAGAAAUAACAAGGGAUCAGAUGCAAUACAAUGUAUAUUAGCAGAUAUGAGCAAAAUGAAAAGGUUCAAAGUACAUGCACAAGCUUUUGAAAUGAUGAAUAAUCUUAGGAUGCUUAUGUUCUAUUAUUCAUCAAAUAAUGUGUUUGAUGUAUCAUCUCUUGUAAGUCUACCAGAGACUUUAAAGAUUCUUUAUUGGGCUGGUUUUCCUCAAAGAUCUUUGCCAUCAAAUUUUUGCCCACAAAAUCUAGUGAGAUUUGAAAUGCCAAGCUGCAGUCUUGAACAACUCUGGGAAGGAGACCAGAAUUUACCGAAGUUGAAAAGACUUAACCUAAGUUGUUCUCCGAAACUUACAAGAAUACCAGACCUUUCUCUGUCACCAAAUAUUGAAGAAAUAAUUCUCAGUGGUUGUGAAAAGUUAAUUAAAGUUCACUCUUCGAGAUUCCUCAGCAAGCUCAGUUGUUUAAGUUUAGAUAGAUGUGAUAAUCUCAAUAGUGUAACUGUUCCCAGCAAUAUUCUAUCCAGAUCACCAGGAUUCAUUCUUCUUUCCUGGUGUCGCAAGCUUGAAAUGUUUUCAACCACUCAAACCCAAAUAUCUUAUUCUCCACAAUCAUCAUCAUUAAUCGGUUCAAGAUUCCGUCGUGUCGGGCGUAACUCUCGGGCUACUGGCCCAAGACCCAGUGAAAUUUUCUCCAUUACUUUUGACCGAUAUUGGGGAGAAGAUGAAGAAGAUGUAGCUAAUAAUAAUAUAUUCUCACAAGGUGAAAAAGUGUCGACUAAACUCAUGGAAAGUGUACCCUUAAACUUUCAAAGUCUCAAGAAGCUCUGUUUCAUAGAUCUCUCGAACUGUUCUUCCCUUACAAUAUUUCCAUUUGACCUUUCUGAGAUGAAAUUCCUAAAGAAACUUUGUCUUGGUGGUUGCUCAAAAUUGGAAAACUUCCCCGAGAUUGAGGACACGAUGGAAAAUUUAGCGGUUCUAAUCUUAGACCACACAGCCAUACAGGCACUACCUUCAUCCUUGUGGCGUUUGGUAGGGCUUCAACAACUGAGUUUGCGCAGUUGCAUGAAUCUUGAGAUUAUUCCAUCUUCCAUUGGAAGGCUCACCAGACUAUGCAAGUUAGACCUUACCUACUGUGAAUCACUUCAAACUUUUCCAAGCACCAUUUUCAAAUUGAAGUUGAGGAAACUUGAUUUGAGUGGUUUCUUAAGGUUAAGGACCUUCCCAGAGAUCACGGAGAAGGCACAAACUUUUUCUCACAUAAACUUAACAGAAACGGCUAUCAAAGAUCUGCCUUCCUCAUUUGGCAAUUUGGUUAAUCUUCGAUCCCUACAGCUCAACAAAUGCAGGGAUCUCGAAUCACUCCCAAACUCUAUUGUUAAUCUAAAGCAUCUCUGUAAACUUGAUUGUUCGGGGUGUUUCAAAUUAACAGAAAUCCCAACACACAUUGGUAGCCUGUCGUCAUUAAUGGAACUGUCACUGAGUGAGAGCGGAAUCGUGAACCUUCCUGAAAGCGUUGCUCAUCUUUCAAGCUUGAAAUCACUUGAUUUGAGUGACUGCAAAAAUCUUGAAUGCAUCCCACAGAUGCCACCGUUUCUAAAACAACUGGUGGCAUUGGAUUGCCCAUCCAUUAGACAAGUGAUGUCAAAUCGAAACCUCUCAGAGUCGAAGGAGGGUGUCUUCAAAUUUCAUUUCACCAAUGCCCAACAACUGGAUUCAGGUGCUCGUGCUAACAUUGAGGAGGAUGCAAGGCUCAGGAUGACCCACGAUACAUAUAGCUCUGUGUUCUUCUGUUUUCCAGGGAGUGUUGUUCCUCAUUGGUUCCCUUUUCACAACGAAGGACCUUCAGUGAAUAUAAAUGAAGAUUUAAGUUUCUGCAGCGAUGAGAGACUCAUUGGUUUCGCUUUGUGUGUGGUUUUCGGAGUGUUAGAUACUAAUGUUAUUAAAAGCAGAUGCGGUUCUUUUGGUUACCGCCUAAAAUUUGAAUGUGAUGAUGAUGGCACACAGAUAAUUCCAAAUAAUGAUGCGCUAAACAACUAUUUCAAAUGGGGUUAUAGUCGCAGACUCCUUGAUAAAGAUCACACAUUUAUGUGGAAAUUUAACUUGGAGAGUCUAAGGAGGAGCGGCAUGAACCUUAGGUUCUGUGAUGCUCGCAGCUUCACUUUUGAGAUCAGUCCAUAUGAUUAUAACUUUCAGUGGCCAGAUUACGACUCAGUUGUGAAUGAGUUAAAAUCAGUUGUGACAAUAAAAGAAUGCGGAAUGUGCCCUCUUUAUAGCACCGGAAGCAAUGUUGCAGAGUCUUCAAAGGAGGAUAGGAAGAGGAAGGCAGAAAGCUACUUAGUGGGCUAGUCUCUUGCUCUUCUGCUAAUUGCUCUUCCGUUGGUGGGUUCGUUCAGACAAGAUUUCUAAGUUAUUGUUAGAUAGAGUUUGAUGUGGACAUCAGUUGGGUUGCUCCGUUGUCCCAAAGUUACAUUUUCUUGAAACUCUUCAUUCGUUAACUUCUUUAGCAUAUUUGGCUUUCAUUUGCAGCGAAGGCAUUAUGAAAUCUUGAGGAGAUGCAUUUGAAAGGGUUAUUCGUAAUUAUUAUCUUAUAGAUUUCUCAGUUGCAUUCUCUCUUUUCUUAUUUUUGGGAUUUCUUAGUUUUGAGGAGGCUUUGUAAGUUUGUGAAUCCUAAAUCCAUAAGCAUAAAAUGUACUUAGUCAUUUCUAUCUCAGAAUACAAAAACCUCCAA